AUGAACGGCUUCUUGAAAUCUCCCUUUUCCCGUGAUGUAGUCAUAAGUACUGAAACCACAGGAAAAUUGCUGGACUUUACAUCCGUAUCUCAGCUUACUUACAGUGGACAGAAACAACACGAACUUGAAAUUUCUUUCAAUGCUGAAGGCUCAAUCAGAGCAUGGAGAACAAAUUUUGACGGUGCGUACAAUAAGAAAAAGGUUUCGGGAAAAUUUUCGUUCAGCGCACCAAAAGGAAUACAAGAAAGGAUUGAAGCAACUGGACACAUUGAAACGCCAAUAAGUGAACCAGUAUCAAUUUCACUUAUGUUCAACAACAACAAUGAACAAGGAAACACAUAUCGCUUCCAAACACAAGCUGAAAUAACAUACAGUGGUACCAAACAACAUGCAGUUCUUGCUAACUUUCAUCAUGCUGGCCCACUGAAAGCAUUUACAACCUCUGCUGAUGUGACAUACAACACAAAGAAAUCAGCUGUUCAAGUUAGUUUCGACUCAAAUGUGAACAUUGAAGGAAAAGCAACUCUAAAAACACCUUUCAUGGAUGACAUUGUUCUGUCUUUCGGUCACAAUGGACAUCCUUUGAACUUUAAAACUCAGGCUAGGCUUACAUACAGUGGUGCCCAACAACAUGCAGUCCUUGUUAACUUCAAACAUACUGGUGUACUGAAAGCAUUUACAACUUCUGCUGAUAUCACAUACAACACAAAAACAGCAUCUGUCCAAGUCAGUCUUGACUCUAAAUUGAAUAUUGAAGGAAAAGCAAUAGUAAAGACACCUUUCACAGAAGAUAUCGUUCUUUCAAUCGGCCACAGUGGACAACAUUUGAACUUUAAAACGCAGGCUGCUCUCACAUACAGUGGUCGCAAACAACAUGCAGUUCUUGCUAACUUUCAUCAAUCUGGCCUACUGAAAGCAUUUACAACCUCUGCUGAUGUGACAUACAACACAAAGACAUUAUCUGUUCAAGUCAGUUUUGAAUCAAACUUGAAUAUUGAAGGAAAAGCAAUAGUAAAGACACCUUUCACAGAAGAUAUCGUUCUUUCAAUCGGCCACAGUGGACAACCUUUGAACUUUAAAACGCAGGCUGCUCUCACAUACAGUGGUUGGAAACAACAUGACAUUUCUGCUACCUUUAGUCACGAUGGAUCACUUAAGAAAUUUUCCACCAGCUCCAAUAUUGUUUACAAUACAAAGAGAGUUACUGGAUCAGUAUUAUUUGAUAGUACAAAUGGAGUCCAAUCAACAGUUUCAUUGAACACUCCUCUGACCAAACCCCUUCGUGCAUCAUUUUCACACAAUGGUCAAUUGGUUGAUUUUAACAAUCAAUUUGAUGUGACGUAUGGAGGCUCUAGAAUGUAUGAAGUUAUUACAGAUUUCAAGUUUGAAGGCGAAUUAAAAAAAUUCCAGUCGUCGGGAUCACUUACUUACAACAGAAAAACAAUUUCGAGUGAUGUGAAUUUGGAUAUAUUGAACGAUCCAGAGGGAACAGUAACUUUAAGAACGUCUUUCACUGAUGAUAUAACAGUUUCUUUCUCUCACCAAGGGACUCUACAUAAUUUCAUCAGUCACGGAGAGAUCGGUUACAAUGGUAGAAAACAGCAUGAAGCCAAUAUUGUACUCCAGAAUGGUAAAAAGAGAAUAUUUGUAGAAUUAUCAUACAAUACUAAGAUAACAUCAGUAGAAGCAACAUUAGAAAAAUCUACAGGAAGAAAAGGCAGGAUUGAAAUAAAAAGUCCAUACACUAAAGAUAUUGAAUUGGAAGUAGACCAUAGAGGGGAAUUGUUGAACUUUAAUACGAAGGGAGAAAUAACCAUCAACGGAAAGAAAGAACAUGAAGUUUAUGCUGCAUUUGAGCAUAAUGGAGACAUGACAAAUUUCAGAACUUCCGGCGCUGCAUCUUAUAAUACCAAGAGAGUGUCAUCAGAACUACAAUUCGACUCCACAGACGGUAUUAAGACAAAGGGUAUUCUGAAUACUCCAUUUACCUACGACAUAGAAAUUAUAAUUGACCAUAAGGGUUCUGCGAGUAAUUUCAGGUCUCAAGCUGACAUUUCAUACAGUGGAUCUAAGCAACAUGAAGCCGUCAUAACAGUAAGUGGAUCUGGUACACUACUUAAAUUCCAGUUAUCAGGAGACGCUAUGUAUAAUGGCAAGAGAGUCAUCACUUCAGCUGAAACCGACUUUACCCGUGGAAUAAAAUUUGAGGGACGUAUGUCAACACCAUUCACUGAGAAUAUGGAAAUCUUCCUUUACUAUCAAGGUACUUUAAGUUAUCUAAGAUCACAAAAAAUAGCAGUAGCAACAAAUUUAAAAAUCAACAAAGAAACAGUGUAUGGUGUUGAUUUAAAAAUGAGUAUUUAUCACAACGCAUUUUCACUAUUUGGAAAUGCUGUCAAUAAACGCAAAAUGAUUACUCUUUCUAUGGAAAUAACUCCAUUCUCAUUGAACAUAAAUCUUCAAACGCCAAUCCUAGGAUACGAGAGAACACAUAUAAAAGCAUCUAUACCAAGAGGACAAAACCAUGCUUUGGUAAAUAUACAGUCAUCAUACAUAUCUGAAAUAGACUUUGAUGCACGCCUUACUGGCCACCUCGAUGAUUUAAAAGGAUCGCUUAAACUUAAGACUGGAUUCAAGAAUUUACAAAACAUCCGAAUGUCAAUACAAAAUGAAAAAAGUCGUAAAGAAUCAAAAUUUCACAUUGAAGCAUUUUUCACUGAGCACAACGGAAUAACCAUAGAUACAUCUCUCACUCAAACGGACUGGUCAGUAUCAAUAUCCACUCCUUGGGAAUCACUCCGAACUGCUUACUGGCAUGUUAAAUACGACAUCCAAUAUCCUUAUUAUGAGGUAGCAACAAGUAUGAAAAUCAACGAAGAAGCAUUGUACGAUGUUGAUCUAAAUGUUAAUAUUGUUGGCGACACCUUUUCACUAUCAGGACAUAGUGCCGUUAGACGAAAUAAGAUUUCACUUGUUAUGGAAAUAACUCAAUUAUUCUCAUUUAUCAUUAAUCUUGUCACACCAAUCCGGGGAUAUGAGAAAACGCAUAUUCAAGCAUAUGUAUCAAGAAAACAUUACCAUGCUGAAUUAAAUAUACAGACAUCAUACCUAUCUGAAAUUGACUUUGAUGCACGCCUUACUGGACGACUUCUUGAUUUAGAUGGAUAUCUUAGACUUAAAACUGGAUUCGAUCAUUUAAGAAACAUCCGGAUGUCUAUAAAAAAUGAAAACAAUCAUGAAGAAUCAAAUUGUCACAUUCAAGCAUUUUUCACUGAGCGUAAUGGAAUGACCAUACAUUUAUCUCGCACUAAUAUGGACUGGUCAGUUUCAGUAUCCACUCCAUGGAAAUCCUUUCAAACUGCUUAUGGGAAGAUUAAAUUCACAGGCCGAUAUCCUAAUUGGAUAGUUACAACAAAUGUGAAAAUCAACGAAGAAACCAUAUACGAUGUUGAUUUUGAAAUAGAUAUUCAUCAAGACAACUAUUCAUUAUUCGGAAAGGCUGCCAAUGACCACAAAAAGUUCAUUCUUUUUAUGAAAAAAACUCCAUUAACAUUAAACAUAAAUCUUAAAACACCAAUCCGGGGAUAUGAGUACACGCAGAUUGAAGCAUCUAUAUCAAGACGAUAUGACCAUGCUGCAAUGAAUAUAAAUAUACAGACAUCAUACCUAUCUGAAAUUGACUUUGAUGCACGCCUUACUGGCCACAGAUUUGAUGAUUUAGAUGGAUCUCUUACACUUAAAACUGGAUUUGAUCAUUUACAAAACAUCCGGCUGUCUAUAAAACAUAAAGGAAAUCUUGGAGAAUUAAUUACUCACAUUGAAGCAUUUUACAUUGAGCGCCACAGAAUAACCAUAGAUGCAUCUCUCACUAAAACGAGCUUGUCAGUUUCACUGUCCACCCCAUUGAAAUCACUACGUACUGCUUACGGGCAUGUUAAAUACGACAUCCAAUCUACUUAUUUUGAAGUAGCAACACAUUUGAAAAUCAACGAAGAAACAUUGCACGAUGUUAGUUUGGAAACGAGCUUUGUUGGCGAUAUUUUUUCACUAAACGGAAAUGCUGCAAAUAGAUGGAAAAAGUUAACUCUUGAUAUAAAAAUAACUCCAUUAUCAUUGAACAUAAAUCUUCAAACACCAAUCCGAGGUUAUGAGAGAACACAUAUCAAAUCAUCUAUACCAAGAGGACAUUAUCAUGCUGCACUGAAUAUACAGACAUCAUACCUAUCUGAAAUUGACUUUGAUGCUCGCCUUGCUGGAAAUUUUGAAAUGGAUGCUAAGAAAAGAAAGGAAAUAACUCUGAUAUUUAAUGUCAAUGAACCAAAACAGAUGACGUUUGAAUUAAAAAAACUGCUUUCCUCAGAAACAUACAUGCUUCUAAAAUGGAACAAGCAAGGUAGAGACAGCAGUUGCAGAAUGGAUAUUAAAUUCAAUUCAGAUUGGUCCGACAGAAAACAGAUUGUAAGCUAUCGAGGUGCAUGUGGAUCUAAAUCUUACAGCAUCGGAGCAUCGUAUCACCGUCCCGAUGAAUCGUCCAAAAUGGUUCUAUUUAUAGAGAAAGAUGAUAUCAGAACACAUGGAAUAGAAACAAUAUUUGAAAAGAACGGACAAGCAAAAUACACUCUACAACUACCAUCUAGAACAGUUGUAUUGUCAACUGUAUCAUCAGAAUAUGGAAUAAGCAGUCAAGUAUUUGAUUUCUCGUGGGAUGCAGAAAGAGACCAAAACAAAAGAGUAGUAAUUAAGACCAGAUCUGAUGGAGAUGAACUAACACUAGGUUUAGAAAUGCCAAGUCUCAGAAAGGAUGUCCAACUUGAUUACAAAAUGUUAAUUGGAAGUGGAAACGUUAUUUAUGAUGGCCGUACUGCAUUCAGAUACUCAAAAGAUUCUCGUAAAACUUUUACCUUGAGUUCAAAAUUAGAAGAUGUAUCAGGUCGUGGGAAGAAUUACAAGUUCUUACUUGGUAUAAGUCACCCAUAUACUACAGUGGAUAUCCAAACUAAGACAGAAAUCGGAAAAUCUAACGACAAACUCUCAGCUGAUUUUGAUAUCCAAUACCUGACUGCAAGACGUCAAAUUAAGAACAUCGCAAUAAUAACCGACAUUGGUAAACUCAAACGUCAUCUCAAUAUACAGGUUCGUUCUCCAAUCAAAACGAUGAAACUUGAUGCUCGUGUUGAGACAUCACCUUUCAAACUGACAAUCAAAAAUCUUCUUGAUGAUACCAAGCCAAUCAAUUCACAGCUGAUAGUUGAUCAUGAUGAUGGCAGCCUGAAUUUCUACAUGAACUAUGAUAUCAAAAAUCCAGAUAAAACACUUCAUGUGAAUGCUAAAUUCUCAGACGAGAAAGGAAUAUCUGCAGAACUUUUCAGAAAUGUAAAUCAGAAGAAAACUGAAGACAGUUCGCUUAACCUCCAAUUAAAGACAUCCAAGAUUCUUCAUACAAGUGCUCAUUGGCGUCCAUCAAUUAUCAGUGACCUCAAGGCUGAAUUAACAAAACGAAUUGAAGAAUAUGGAAUACGAUCUGCUAUGGCCGUUGAAGAGUCUUCUGAUGAAAUUAAUAAAGAAAUAGUAUAUAAGAGACGAUUAUUCCAAGCUGCCUAUACUGAAGAAAUAAAGUCCUAUGACGAUGCCAUCAAUGAUAAACUGUCUGAACUCAGAACUUUGAAAGCAGACAAUGCCUUUUAUUUUCAAGACAUUUGUAAUUCAGUUGAUACUACCAUGAACAGAAUCGGUGAAUUUACGGAAGACUUAAAUGAAGCUUGGAGCAGAAGCCCAUUCAAACACACAAUUGAUGAAUAUAUGACCAGUCUUGAACAACUACAACAAAGACUGGAUGCCUACUCAAAAGAAACUUAUAUCAACAUGGGUGGCCAGUUGAACAGCAUUUCAACAAAUUCUUAUCGAAGAUUACUUGGUAAAUAUUAUCCCUUGAAUGCCUCUGAUCAUUUAAAUAAAUUCAGGACAACUUACAAACAAACAAAAAAAUAA